CAAAAGCCCUGAUCUUCGCGGGAGACGCUUGCGCGGGUUGCACGAAAAACGGCUGGCAAGCUCGCCUGGCCAGUUGAAGUCCAGCCAUGGUGAAAAUCGGCUUCCAGCCGGUUACAGCUGAGCUCAAGCCGGAGAAAGAGGCGGCAGUUGCAACGCGCCACGGGCCCCCAGCAAAAGGCCUCGUCCUUUCUCAGGAUGCGGAGAAGCAGCCCUUAUCUUUGCCACAGCAGAGUUGGAGAUCUCUAACUUGCCUCUUCUUUUUGGCCUUGGGAUUUUUGUUGUUACUUCUCGGCUUGAUCUUAACAUCGACGUAUAUCUACAAAUAUUUAUCUCUCACUCACUCAGUUGCUCACAUGGGCAUGGAUAUGCAAAGGACGGAGUAUUACAAUUAUGAGGAAGGAGGUUUGGAGUGUGACUACUUUGAAUUCGAUGAUUCGUCUGAAACCAGGACAGUGUAUGAGGAUGUGAAGAUUUUCCUUGGAGAGGAAUAUGAGGAAAUCAGUAUCCCAAGGCCCAAUGUUGGGCAUCCUGCAGACAUUAUCCAUGAUUUUCAGCAGGGAUUCACAGCUUAUUAUGAUUGGGUAGUAAAUAAAUGCUACAUUGGAGAGCUAAAUACUACUAUUGUCAUGCCACUUAAGCAUUUCUGGGAGCUGACGCUUAAUAUAAAGAAGGGGGUAUAUUUGUCACAAAGCAAUAUGAUCCAGGAAGAGCGGAUGGUGUCACAACAUGCCACUGACCCAGAUCUGUUUGGCUCCUAUAUUCAUAAACUCUGCCAAGGGAAAGAAACCUUCAUGUUGGGCCAUAGAAUAGCAAGAGGACAUAUCCAUCAGCGAGCUACUGAGAAGUGUCAUCACAUUCGCCAUUUUGCAAAUACUUUUGUGGUUGACACAGCAAUUUGCCAAUCAUUGUGAGAACUGCCACUCAGAUUUUUUGUAUCUUGGGCUUUGCUUCAUUUUGUAAAGAUUUCUAAGAAAAAAAGUAUGCCUACUAUAAUGUGUUACUAAAUUGUUACGUCGCUGGCGUUUGAUACUGGACCAAUGCUUUAUAUAUUAAUCUUCAUUAAUUUUUAAAAGACUGAUAAUAAAACAUAAUAUAGUAAUAUAGCCUUUUCAGAGUACAUGAUGCUCUUUUAAGUAUAGAGUUGGGAACAGGAAGAUAAUGGAAAAAACACAAGAAAAGCUGGAAUAGAAAAUUUCAACAUAAAUAUUGUUUUUGUGUCUUUUGGCCUUUUUCAUAGACAAUAUUGUAUGAGGUAUUUCUUUGUAAAGGCAUCUGCUGACUAUAAGAAAAAGCAAGAGCAUAAUAAAAUAUUUUUACAAACUUAAUAUUUAAACCUUGCUUUGCUACUAUUUUCUAUUAAAUUGAUCUCAAGGCAGAUCUUUUAAGAACCCACUUUUCUUAAAUCAAAUUUUCUUUGGUCAUUGAACUUAUUAAAUUGUGAAAAACCCAAA